AGUGUUCUCUCUUUAGAUAUAUUCAAACAUAUGGAGGGGGCUGUACAAUUACUGAAGCAGCAGCCACGAAGGAGAACCAAAGUGAGACGUGACCACAAAGAUGAUUGCUGUUCAGAGUACAGCACAAGCACUACUGCAACUGAAUCCCACCGUAACAGUUUAUCAGGCAAUUCUCUGCUUUUACCACCAACUGAUGGUGUCGGGAGUAGUAGUGAUGCCAGUGGUAGUGAUGUCUUAGAAGGUACCCUUGAUGAUGGGGCAUACUAUGUUCCUCGUCGGGAUGAGUGGUUAAUGUUGAGAGUUCAUACUGGAAAUAGAUGGAAGAUUCCUCUUGGCUGUUUAAAUCCUUCACCGAAUGACUCUUAAGUCGCGUCCUUGUCAUUAUGUGAAUUGCGUUGGAUCUAAUUUUAUACAAAGUAGCCACCAUAUUGUUAUUUAUUAUCUCCAGGAAAAUACAUGUAUGGCUCAAUGAGCCAACCAAUAUUGGAUUCUGUCCUCUGUAUGGUAUGAAACAAGGAUUGAUUGAAUAUUUAUUCAGAGUACACUGCAGGAUGGCGUGUACCAAAUAUUUUAUUUACAAAAACACCACACAUGGGUACAUAUAUUAAUAAUUUUGUACAGUUUUUAACUAUUAUAAUAUUUAUAAGUGGCAUAAUUUUGAAGGAAAUUGACUUUUUAUCUAUUGUUUAGUUGCUUUAUUCAACAAGACAUUUCUUAGUUUUAUCAUUACAUGAUGUACAAUGACAGAUAGUUUGACAUCUGUUUUAUUCCAGUGUAAUAAAGUACUAGAAAGAUGAGAUGAGAUCCCUGAUGAUCUAUCUUUGGUUGUCUUGAUUAACUCAAAUUGCGACAACAAUA